AUGUCGCCGCUUCUAGCCGGCUCAAUGGGGCAGGACCCCCGAGAAUUGCAAAUUGCUAUCCUCGGGGCUGGAAUGGGUGGAUUAACGUGUGCCCUGGCGCUGGCACAGCGUGGCUUCAAGAACAUUGACGUCUAUGAAAAUGCUCCCGACCUGGGCUUUGUUGGCGCGGGCAUCCAGCUUGCGCCCAAUAUGGCGCGUGUUCUCGACCAACUCGGCGUCUGGAAGGGCAUCGAAGCUGAGGCCGUGAAUAUUGAGGAUACUUCCGUCAGAGUUGGUGCUGAUAAUACCGAACUAGCCCAUGUGGACCUGGGGUAUAUUAAAGACACCUAUAACUAUCCCCAUAUGGUGGGCCACCGAUCAUCUCUGGCCAAUGGCCUGUAUCGAGGCUGCCUGAAAGAAUCGGCCAUCAAGUUCCACUUUGCUACCCCCGCAUCAGAUGUGGCAUUUGGUCCUCGGCCGUCCUUCACGGCGACGCCGCGAAGGGGAGGAGCCCCUUACAAGGUCGAGUGUGAUGUGCUUCUCGGGGCAGACGGUAUCAAGAGUGAAACUCGGGUCACCAUGCUCAAGCGCUUGAAUGUCGACGUGGGGGUAAAGGACACCCAGCAAGCUGCGUACCGGAUCAUGAUCCAUAAGGACCAGAUCAAGGACGACCCCGAGCUUUUAGCCCUCAUAAAUAGUACUCGAGUGACUCGAUGGAUUGGCGAGAAGCGCCACAUCAUUGCGUAUCCGGUAUCUAACCACACCAUCUACAAUUUGUCGACGGCCCAGCCUGAUACCCACUUUGCGGCAGCCACAAACGCCACCUACACUACCCGCGGCUCGAAAGAAGCCAUGCUGAUCGUCUUUGGAGACUUCUGCCCUAUGGUCAAGCGAAUUUUGAACUAUGUCCCGGAAGGCGAGGUCUGUGAAUGGAAGCUGCGCAGUCACGACCCGCUCCCGACUUGGGUGCACGACUCUGUUGCACUGUUAGGCGACGCAUGCCACCCAACGCUACCGCAUUUGGCGCAGGGCGCCGCUCAAGCCAUUGAAGAUGGUGCCGUUAUUGCGGUUGCCUUAUCUCGUCUCCCAGAUAUCCAGCCCGAGUCCAUCAACAAGGCCCUCCGCGUUUACGAGAGGGUGCGAAAAAGCCGCGCCGAGGCUCUGGUCGAAAUGGCAGCCGCCUCCGGUCGUGCGCUGCAUCUUGGAGAUGGGGCUGCCAAAGAAGAACGCGAUCGGCAGUUUGCCGCCCUCAAGUCUCAGGGUGGCAAGGGGCCUGUCCCCGACAAGUGGGCCGAUGCUGACGUGCAGCGUGAGAUCUACGGGUUUGACUGCACGCAGGUUACCGAGGAUAACUUUGAUGAAUACUUCGCCCAAAUGUGA